GGUGAGCCACAGAGGAGGUGGUGGUGGUGGUGCGACUACUACCUCCAAAGCCCACCGCCUGGUGUUCAUUCUCCCAAUCAUUAUCAUCUUUGGAUUGCUUUCAUGGGUUUUCACUUCUCACGUGGUCUCUACUCCAAAGUCUUCAACAAAGAUUGGAUCCAGUUUUGUUGUUGGUGUUGAAGUGUACGGUACUCCAGUGGAAAAAAAUCACUCUCAGAUCAUUAAUGGGACAAGACAUUAUGCUAAUCUAGAGAGGCUGGAGGGGCGUCUACGACGAGCUCGUGUCGCGAUUAAGUUGGGAAACCGAUCACAAGAUUCCGACUACAUCCCUCAUGGACCAAUGUAUUGGAAUGCUAAUGCAUUUCACAGGAGCUAUAUUGAAAUGGAGAAACAGUUCAAGGUGUUUGUGUAUGGAGAAGGGGAACUUCCAUUGUUUCAUAAUGGUCCUUGCAAAAGCAUAUAUUCCAUGGAGGGGAACUUUAUACAUGAACUGGAGGUGAAUAAGCAAUUUCGGACGCUAGAUCCUGAUAAGGCAUAUGUUUAUUUUCUUCCCUUCAGUGUGACAAUGUUGGUUAAGUAUGUUUAUGUGCCCAACUCACAUGAUUUCGGUCCAAUCAAGCAAACAGUGAGAGACUAUGCGAGUCUUAUCUCCACCAAGUAUCCGUUCUGGAAUAGAAGCCUAGCAGCAGAUCACUUUAUGGUUGCUUGCCAUGAUUGGGGGCCAGAAGUUUCAAAAUCUAAUGAUUAUCUUGGUAGAAACUCGAUUAGGGUGCUAUGCAAUGCGAAUACAUCUGAAGGCUUCAACCCUUCUAAAGAUGUGUCUUUUCCGGAGAUCAACCUUCCAAAUGGAAACACACAUGGUUUAAUUGGUGGACCUUCUCCAAGGGUACGAACUGUGCUAGCUUUUUUUGCAGGAGGACUUCAUGGCCCUAUUAGGCCUCUAUUGUUGGAGUUGUGGGAGAACAAAGAUCAGGACAUGAUGGUGCACCAGUACCUUCCAAAGGGGGUUGAUUAUUAUAAGAUGAUGAGAAAGAGCAAGUUCUGUCUUUGUCCAAGUGGGUUUGAAGUUGCUAGUCCAAGGGUGGUUGAGGCGAUUUACACUGGCUGUGUUCCGGUGCUCAUCUCAGAUCAUUAUGUGGCUCCAUUUGGUGAUGCUCUGAACUGGAAAUCAUUCUCUGUUGAAGUUUCAGUUAAUGACAUUCCAAAUUUGAAAAGGAUACUCAUGAGCAUAUCUACAAGCCAUUAUCUAAGAAUGCAAAGAAGGUUGAUUCAAGUGAGGAAGCAUUUUGAGUUCAACUCUCCUCCAAAGCGAUUUGAUGUCUUCCACAUGAUUUUACAUUCUAUAUGGCUCAGAAGACUCAACGUCAGAGUUCAUGAUGGCCUGCCAACUUAACCAUGCACUUUGAGUUCUAGCUAGUAUUUAGCCGGUUUUUGGUUGGUCAAGUUUUUGUGUGCAGUGAUAUAUAGGAUGCACAGUAGGAAAUGCUUUCAUGUGAAAUCAAAGAAGCUUAACUUGUUCUGCAAGUCGUUAAAUUUAAAAGCAGAAAAUUUUUGUGCUCUUC